CAGAAAAUCCCAUUAGCCGUCAAAAUCAGGGUUUGAAGAACGAAACGGCUAAAAGAUUGAAAGUCUGAAUAACUCUUAAAACCCUAGAAGGCGGCCAUGGGAGAGACUGUACCCUUUCAACUAGAUUACGUUCCUGAAACGAUAUUGAAGAAAAGAAGAAAUAAUGAAGAGUGGGCAAUCAAGAGAAAGCUUCAAUUGCAGCAAAGAGUUAAGAAAUCCAAAGGAGAUCGUUCUGAAAUCAAGAAACCAGAACAGUUCAUUCGAGAGUUCCGCGAAAGAGAAUUGGAUUUUAUUCAGAUGAAGAGUAGGUCUAAGCGUCAGAGACGAGCUCCUGUUAUGGCUGAAUCGAAGCUGAUUUUCGUUACUCGUAUUAGGGGGACGACUGAUAUGCAUCCGACGACAAGGAAGAUUUUGUACACACUUAGAUUGAGGAAAAUCUUCAGUGGGGUAUUUUUGAAGGCAAAUGAUAGGACUAUGGAUCUUCUGCUAAAGGUCCAGCCUUUUGUCACAUUUGGUUAUCCUAACCUGAAGAGCGUGAGAGAUUUAAUCUUCAAGAAAGGUGUGGGGAAAUUUGAAAAGCAAAAGAUUCCUCUAACCGACAAUAACAUAAUCGAACAGGCACUUGGGCAAUACGGCAUGUUAUCCAUUGAGGAUCUUGUACAUGAAAUUGCCAAUGUUGGUAAACAUUUCAAAGAGAUAAACGGCUUUCUCUGUCCAUUCAUCCUCAAUAAGCCAGAAAAGGCAUUGACUGGGAAGAAGAAGCUGUAUAAAGAUGGUGGAGACACUGGAAACCGCGAGAUUGAAAUCAAUGAUCUAAUCAGCAAAAUGAAUUAGUGUUUGUUAAAUGCAGGUGACAAUGAACCUUCUCGUGUUAUUUUAAGUUUUUGGGGUGGAGUUUAUUUAUCGCUCUUUAUUAUUGUUGGGGAUAUGAAUUUUAAGAUAUUGAAAGUAUUUGUUGAUGAAUUGUGUAUGUGAAAUGGAAUUUUGACCCUUC